AUGACCAACGAGCCUCUCUGGAAGAGAAUUAUUGCCCAAAAACGCCGGAUCAGAAACCAGUUGCUCGCGCCGUACCUGGUGGACGAUGUGGAUAGCCGAUUGCCCCGCGCUGACCGGGUGGACGAGCGAAGUCGGCUCGACCAGGAACCGAAAAUCCAGACAAUCACGGACAUCGACAACAUUGCAGUGCUGCUGGACCGCCUGAGAAAGAGUGAAUUCACGGCCGAGGCAGUCGCCCAGGCCUAUAUCAAGCGCGCAGUGGUGGUUCAUCAACUCACCAAUUGCCUCACGGAAGUGAUGUUUGAAGACGCACUAGAACAAGCUAGACAACUCGACGCAGAAUUCCAAGCAACCGGCAAGCUGAAAGGUCCUCUGCAUGGAAUACCCGUCACGGUUAAAGACCAGUUCAACGUGAAAGGCGUGGACACGACGCUCGGAUAUGUCGGCAGAUCAUUUGAUCCUGCGAAUGAAGAUGCCGUCCUCGUUCAACUGCUCAAAAAUAUGGGCGCUGUCAUCAUAGCCAAGUCGAACCUGCCGCAGAGUAUCAUGUGGGCUGAAACAGAGAAUCCUCUCUGGGGCCUUACGACGAAUCCCCGGAAUCCGGAAUUCACACCUGGCGGCUCGACCGGCGGCGAGAGCGCAUUGCUCGCGUUGCAUGGCUCACUGGUUGGCUUCGGUACUGAUAUUGGAGGAAGUACUCGCAUCCCACAAGCUACGGUUGGAUUAUACGGCUUCAAGCCGAGUGUGAGUCUCAUUGUUAAAUCACAAAAUGCACAUCCUGACGAAGCCCACAGAGUGGCAGACUCCCCCUAUUACGGAGUACCCGUGUCGACUGAAGGCCAGGAACACGUUCCAUCCUCCGUUGGAUCACAGGCCCGAGACCUCUCGUCUAUCUGCUACAUCAGCCGUCUGCUAGCAGAUGCCCGGCCCUGGGACCUGGAUCCGCGAUGUGUGCCAUUGCCAUGGAACGAACAUGAAUUCCGGGAGAUACAAUCACGGCCACUAGUCAUCGGGCUCAUCCUCGAUGACGGCGUUGUCAGAGUCCAUCCCCCCAUAGCGAGGGCACUGGACGAACUAUCCACGGCACUGAGGAACUACGGCUUUGAACUCGUGACAUGGGAUACAUCAGACCACCACGAAUACAUUGAGCUGAUGGAUUUGUAUUAUACCGUGGACGGGGCCGAGGAUAUCCGGCACGAUAUUAGCCAGGCAUCCGAGCCCAUGAUCCCUCACGUCCAGCAACUGGUGAAUCGCGGCAAGGCCGUUUCGGUGUGGGAGUAUUGGCAGUUGAACAAGCGCAAGGUCAAGUUGCAGAAGCAAUACCUUGAUAAAUGGAACAGCGUCCGGUCUCCCUCGGGCCAGAAAGUUGAUGUCCUUCUCAGUCCGGCUUUGCCGCACACGAGUGUUCCGCAUCGCAAGAUUCGGUGGGUGGGAUAUACCAAGAUUUGGAAUCUGCUGGAUUACUCUGCUAUCACGUUCCCCGUGGAUUUUGUGAGAGCUGAGCAGGACUGCCUGCCUUCCGACUCCGUGCCUUAUAAACCAAGGAACGCACUGGAUGAGUGGAAUUGGGGUCUUUAUGAUGUAGAGCAGGUGGAUGGGUAUCCCGUGAAUUUGCAGGUUAUCGGCAAGAAGCUCGAGGAGGAGAAGGUGCUGGGGGCUACUACUAUCAUUGAAAAGAUCUGGAAGGACCAUGUUGCGAAGAGCGGUAGAUAG